CGAGGGUGAAAGUUGAACGAACAGACAUGUUUCACAAGCCCGUACGGUAAACAUCACUGAAGUUCACGGCUUUAGUAGUCAGCACAGCUUUGUAAUUGUAUAAUUUAAGACUGUUUUUCAUUGAAACAUUUUAUUUGUUCUGUAUGUUUUUGAUAUUCGAAUAGAAGACGCCCUUGUUGUGCUACAGCAGCUAUUUUUGGCUGUGUUGGAUAAGACCUGCAGAAUCACUAUGACAGCUGCGUGAUAGCACCUCUUAAGGAGGUCACAUUAAAAAAAAAAACUGCCAUUUGUUUUGGUAUAGUAUGUUUUUGAUCCAAGCGACGAGAUAAACCACAUUUUAAUAUGGCAGCGCUACUUUUGCAGCGCGGAAGCAAAUGCUACGACAAACGGGUUUGGUCGUUAUCCUGUCGUUUCAGUAGUUUUCAAACCUGCAGAAAAGUCCUGGGGAGCAAUGUGACUUCAUACUUACCUUUAAUGACUCCAAACAAACGAGGUCUAAAAUCAGGACACAUUCAGAACAUUUUGACAAAGCCUUUAAUCCCGAGGCUUAUUGGACUUGAAUUCCAUUGUCGCCACAAAUUGGUCACAAAUCCUGUGAAACUGUGGAAACUGUUAGGCACUAGUCAUUAUUUUAGCACAACCAACAGAAGACAGGAAAAGAAGGAGGGUGGAAAAGGGAAGACGCCAGAGGAGGAUGAAGAAGAGAAAAAGAGACGAGAACAGGAGGACCAGAUGUAUAGGGAGCGGCUGCGUACACUCUUUAUUAUCGCUGUCAUCAUGAGCUUGCUCAACUCCAUCAACACCAGUGGGGGGAACAUAUCCUGGAAUGAUUUUGUAAAUGAAAUGUUGGCCAAAGGGGAGGUGUCACGAGUACAGGUGGUACCAGAGAGUGACAUUGUGGAGAUCUACCUUCACCCUGGCGCAGUCAUCUUUGGCAGACCUAGACUUGCCCUGAUGUACCGAAUGCAGGUGGCCAACAUUGACAAGUUUGAGGAGAAGCUUAGGGCAGCAGAGGAAGAGCUGAAUAUAGAUACCAAAGACAGAAUACCAGUGACCUACAAGCGCACUGGCUUCUUUGGGAAUGCUCUUUAUGCACUCGGUAUGGCUGCCAUUGGGGUUGCAAUUCUCUGGUACAUCUUCCGACUGGCAGGAAUGGGUGGGAGAGAUGGCGGCUUUAGUGCUUUUAAUCAAUUGAAAAUGGCUAAAUUCACUAUUGUCGAUGGGAAAUCUGGGAAAGGUGUAAGCUUCAAAGAUGUUGCUGGAAUGCACGAGGCCAAGAUGGAAGUCAAAGAGUUUGUGGACUAUCUGAAGAAUCCAGAUAGAUACCUUCAACUUGGGGCCAAAGUACCUAAGGGCUCUCUGCUCCUGGGCCCCCCUGGCUGCGGUAAAACUCUGCUUGCUAAGGCAGUGGCAACAGAGGCUCAGGUGCCAUUCCUUGCCAUGGCAGGUUCAGAGUUUGUGGAGGUUAUUGGAGGCCUUGGUGCCGCAAGAGUGCGAAGUCUUUUCAAAGAGGCUCGUGCUCGAGCGCCAUGCAUCGUCUACAUUGAUGAAAUUGAUGCUGUGGGGAAGAAACGGUCCACAAACAUGUCUGGUUUCUCAAACACAGAGGAAGAGCAGACCCUUAACCAGCUGCUUGUGGAGAUGGAUGGAAUGGGUACCACAGAUCAUGUGAUUGUUCUGGCCUCUACUAACCGGGCAGACAUUCUGGACAAUGCUCUCAUGAGACCAGGCAGGCUUGAUAGGCACAUUUUUAUAGACCUGCCAACUCUUCAGGAGAGAAAGGAAAUCUUCGAGCAACACCUGAAGAUCCUGAAGCUUACUCAGCCGGCAGACUUCUACUCCCUGCGUCUGGCUGAGUUGACACCAGGCUUCAGUGGGGCUGACAUCGCUAACAUCUGCAAUGAAGCCGCCCUUCAUGCUGCCAGAGAGGGCUUCAAGUCUAUUGACACCUUUAACUUUGAAUAUGCUGUGGAGAGAGUCAUCGCAGGGAGUGUGAAGAAAAGUAAAAUCUUAUCUAAAGAGGAGCAGAGGGUGGUGGCUUUUCAUGAGUCUGGUCAUGCUUUAGUGGGAUGGCUGCUAGAACACACCGAGGCUGUCAUGAAGGUUUCAAUUGCUCCCAGGACUAAUGCUGCUUUGGGCUUUGCUCAGAUCCUGCCAAAGGAUCAGUAUUUAUUUACUAAAGAGCAGCUAUUUGAGAGGAUGUGCAUGGCUAUGGGUGGACGAGCCUCUGAAGCCAUCACCUUCAAUAAGGUCACUACAGGUGCUCAGGAUGACCUCAGGAAGGUGACCCGCGUGGCCUACUCCAUGGUGAAGCAGUAUGGCAUGGUUGCCAGUGUGGGCCAGGUAUCCUUCCCUGACUCUAACGAUCAAGGUGGUAUUGGACGGAGACCAUUUAGUCAAGGCCUCCAACAGCAGAUGGACCAUGAAGCUAAGAUGCUAAUAGCACAGGCCUACAGACACACAGAGAAAUUGCUUUUGGACAACAGAGAUAAACUUAUUUUGCUGGCUAAUACCCUGCUGGAGAGAGAGGUGGUCAACUACGAUGACAUUGAGGCUUUGCUGGGACCUCCUCCGUUUGGUCCCAAAAAGAUGAUUGCCCCUCAAAGCUGGGUGGAGGCUGAACGAGACAAGCAGGACACUGGUGAAGAUGAGCCACGCAGACCCCAGAGACCCCUCCGCAAAGACAAAGAUGAUGACAUCAACCUGAGCCCAGCGUGAGCUCCACAACACACAGUCACAUUCACAGACUUUAAUGGGCACACAUGGAAAAAUAAGUGUGGAGCGCCUACCUUUGAGGAUCAGUCUGAUUUUCAAAAUUGUGCUUUUAAGGGAAAAAAUUCUGCUGUACUCGCCCUUGAUGUUCCAGUUAGACCUACUCUGACUGUCCGACUGAAAAAUAUUGAAAUCAUAUGUGCUUAGGUUACCUUCUAGGCUAAUCAUUGACCAGUAAUUAUAUUUUAAAUGUCUUUAGGACAUUUGAUAUAUAAAAAAAAACAACAACUUGCAAGCAUCAGUCAAGCAUUACAGUGUAAUAUUCAAAUUGUUUUUCUCAGUAAGGAAGCUCUUUUUUUUAAGAGUAGUAUAUACCUCCUUUGAGAAUCGCAGGAAAUGUACUGUUUUAAAAAUAAAAGUAUUUUUUGAGCUUCUUUUCAGACCAUAAAGACUAGCUCUUAGUUGCCUGAGAAACUGGUUUGUUAGAGCAGGUGAGGAUUGCCAGCAGUCAGUAUCUUGUGAUAUCAGUGAAUAUUCUGCAAUAAAUUAUCAAAAUUG